GCGCCAUCUAGCAAAGAUCAUUUCUACGCGUGUAUGUAACAGUGCUUCAUCCAACUGAAUAUUUUGGUGUAAUGGACUGUAUAAUGCGGCAGUAUGUCUGAGAUUGAGAGUCAGCUGUCUUCAGCUGAGAACAGGCAUAAGCUACAAGAUGGAAUGGAUGCUUGCAAUCAGAAAUAUGAACAACUGCAACAGCUACACGAAGAGGCUGUUAAGAUUCCCAUAGAGAUUGUCAAGGCAACAGAAGCUGAGACAAUAUGGAAGGCCAAGUUGAAACUGUUGAGAGCUGAGGCAGAGGUCAGAAGACAGACACAGCCACAAGUGCUGGUACAGGAAGAUGUUUAUGAUAAGCUAGUAGAAGAGCUGCAGGGGUCUAUUGACUACCUCACAGACACACUCCCUUCUAUCAAAGCAGAACAACAGAGACAUGAGCAACUGUUGACAAGUGAAACGAGUAUGAAGCAGGUCCAUGAGAAAGUGCGUGUGCACUUAGAGGACAGAUUGAUUCAGGUCCAACAGGGAUCACAUGACAGUGUCAGUGAACAAGAGUUGAAAAAAGAACUACGAGGUCAAAUAAAAAAUGCAGACAAUCUUGGAACUGCGUUGAUGCGUAAGACAAAAGCAUUCUUAGACAUCCACUUUUCUCACUCCCCUGAGGAUCCAUCUGACACGUCAUCUAUGGAUUCAAGCCAGUUGGCUCCACAGAAUGAAGGCUAUGUAACAUUGUCCAAAAUUAUAGAGGCUCUGAUGGUGAAUUGUUUAGACUUCCCACACGAUCCAUAUGUACACCUGGACACAACUUAUUGGCCUCCAUACAUAGAGAUGCUGAAGAGAGUUGGACUAGUUGUUAACCACCCAGAUGACUCAAACAGGAUACGCUUGACUAAUUUCCAUAUUUGAUACAUACAAAUACAUUCAGCUCACUGAGUGAGGCAAGUCGCAUUUUAGUGCAUAAUGAUGAGAAUCUCGAAAGAAAGAUAUGAUCAAUUAACCAAACAAGCCAAUCACUGCAAGAUUUACUGAAGAAAGUGCUCUGUGCUCUGUGAGCUUUACAGAAAUGAAGUGAUAUAAUUUGAAAUUGUAUGUAAUUGUAAUUUGAAAUUGGCCAGUCAGUCGUUUGUUUGUCAGUGUACCAUAAUAUUUGCUCAGAAAUUCAAGAUUGAGUAUCAUUAUGCAGUGUUAUGUCUAUGAUAUUACUGUAAUUCAAAUCUGCAGAGCUUUCAAGGGAGUUGUUCAGGACUCAAUCCCAAUGUUUUAAGUUAUGUGGAGUGAAACAAUGCAUUAAAAUGCAAAAUGUCACCA